GGCUCAAGUGGGACUGGGCAGGAGAGAGGUGUGUCGGUGUGCCGAAGUUCGAGUGGCAUGCAAGGCAAUGCGGGCAAUGCUGGCAAUGCUGGCAAUGCCAAUGCCAACAUGCCGAUGGGCAUGCCCGGGAUGCCCAUGGGCAUGGGAAUGCCGAUGAUGGGCAUGCCCAUGAUGGGCAUGCCCAUGAUGAACCCGAUGAUGGCCAUGAUGAACCCGAUGGGCGGAAUGGGCAUGAACAUGGGCAUGAACCCCAGCAUGCAAGGGGGACCAGGCGGGCCGAUGCAAAGCGGCGUUGCCGCCCCGGUGCCCGGGCCACCCGGCCCGCCCGGAGUGCCCGGAGUGCCCGGACCACCUGGGCCCCCCGCACCUAGCAUGCCACCAGUCAACUUGCCCGCGCCGAAAGCUACCAUGCCACAAGAUCCCAAGCCGCGGGAGCGGAGUCGAAGCCGGGACGGAGGCGGAGCACCGGGGCCAGCUGCGGAGCCCAGGAAGGAGCCGACGCCCCCGCGGGAGAAGACGCCUCCCAGAUGUCAUCUUCACAACACAAAGAAGCCCAACGCCAAGUGCAAAUUCUGCCAGAAGUGGCUUGCGAGUCAAAGCCAGGCCCAUGCAGAAUCUGACAAGGCCGGCGAGAAAGAAGGCGGCGGUGACAAGAAGGAUGAAAAGUCCAAGCACAAAGAGUUUGAGAAGGAUCAGGAGGAGGAGGACUACUCUCGGCGGACUUUCAAGUGCAGCAGCUUGCUGAAGGACCAGAUCUUUGGGUCCAGCUACUUCAAGAGUUUGCUGGAGAUCAGCGACCUGGCGCCGCUCACGGAGGAGAUCGCCAAGUAUGCUGACACGCUGGACGUGUACAACUCCGGGAACAAUGUGCACCCCUCCUGCUUUAUUUGCCAGGUGUAUCGUCUCUUCACACUGCCCCAGUCGGAAGACUUGGACGAGCUGCUGGCGGUUCUAGACGGCAGCCCCUCCGCAAAGGUUCGCUGCGCAGGGUACCUCUACGUCCGCUUUGUGGUGCCCCCAGCCAAGCUCUUUGACAGAUUGGAGGAGAAUCUGUUCGACGAGCAGGAGCUGAAGUACCUGGAUGGUGACAAGCAGGUCACGACGACGGUCCGGGAGUACGUGGAAAGCCUGUUGAUCAAGGACAGGUACUACAACACUCCCUUGCCCAGAAUACCGGUCAAGGUUCGCCAGCAGUUGGAGAAGGAGCUUGCGCCGCUGUCACAGUUCCGAAAGCGCAUGGCUGCGGUGCAAAAGGCGCUGCCGAAGAAGGUGGCUGGAACCCCAGUGGAAAUCAUGGUGGACGGCAAUUGGCUACCGGGCCACAUCAAGGUCCUCAUAGGCCACCACAAGCGGAAGGUCGCCGUCGUCUUGGAGGAUGGCCACGUGGUGACUUCCCAUUUGGGGAAGGUUGUCCUUCGAGAUGAGAAGGAGCCGGAUGCCAAAGAGCCAGAGGAAAAGGAGGUGGACGACGCCGCGGCACAUGACGACAAAAAGAAGGAAAAGGAGGCUGACGACGAAGACAAGCAGGAAGAGAAGAAGAAGAGGAAGGAAAAGAAGGAAGAUCGAGAAAGUAGCAGAAGCAGAAGCAGAAGUCGCAGUAGAAGCAGACACCGUAGCCGCAGCCGCAGCCGCCGGCGACGGGGAAGCUCGCCAGACUGGGCGCGGUACAAGGGGUCGAUGGACCCCAACGAGAUCGAAAGAUUACGGGAGAAGGUGAGGGAGGAGGCGGUGGUGGGCGUAGGCAAGGUCUACUCCAAGAGACCCACCACCGUGGAGGGAGAGAUGUGGCGGGGCAGCGGGGCUGAAGUGAGAGUGUCCAUGUUGGGCCCCCAACAUCACGGAGGAGCAUCUAGAUCCUCCAGCACCAAGGGGCCCGAGACCGAGAUCAGAAGCACGCGAACGCGAGAGGAGGAGGAGGAGCACAAGCGCCGCAUGCGGGAGAUUUAUGAGAAGUACGGCUCGGUGUCGAAAGCGACUUCCGGGCAGACCGGAACUCGAAGCCUGGAGAUCGAUCAGCCGGACGUACUCCGCUUGGGCUGAUGC